GAUAAAAUUGAUCAAUUAGCAGAUAGUAUGUUCAGGAGCUGAAUGAUUCACUUUAAAAUGACUUAUUGAUCAUAUUGCGGGGAGUCACAAAUUCUUGAACGAUCAUUUCAGUGAGAUUGUUAGAAUGGGAUCUGGAAGCACUAAACAUAACAAUUCGGAUAAACGGAAACAGCAAGUAUAUCAGCAAAACUAUGAACGAAAACCAUCGUCUGCUGAAGUUGAAAGAACUUCGUCAAGCUUCAUAGUCUCCGUUCAAAAUAUGCGAGAAUUCCCUUCGGAGGAAGAACAAGAAAGAAUUUUGCAAAAUGAAGAUAGUCAAUUGGGAUUUCAAGAUUCUUCUUGCGACGAUAUUUUUACUCUAAUAAUGCAAGCAGAUGAGUUUCUGAAUAGGACGAAAGAAUUCGACGAGCUAAUUGAACAUUGGCGUAGUCAAUCCAAUUCAGAAGAAGGCAAACUACUUGAGUAUUUAGGAUUAAGGGGUCAUAUGCAGGCAGAACUUUUACAAAUUCAACAGCUACUCUUGAAAUUAGAUCCUAAUCUAACGAGAUUUAAUGAAUUUGAAUCAUCAUGGCCCAUUGUCGUGCAAAAACUAAGAAUGCUUUUAAACCAACAAAAGGGAAUGACUGGAAAAGAAGCUUCACAUAAAGUUGACGAUUUUAUCAACAGCGGUGAUCAUGAUUCUCGUCCCCCAUUAGAGGGAGGAGGAGAAACGUCUACCGCACGAGGUUCACAAACCGCAACAUUUUCAGCUAAUGUCAACAAUACAUCAAAUGGAACAAAAGUUCAAGCCAGUUGUGCGACAGAUAAUCCUGCACGAGAAGAGAUAGGUAUUCAGAAUGAUAUACAAUUAGAAACUGAAGAGGAAUUAGAAAGAAGACAUAAACAAGAAGAAGACAAAGUCAAUAGGGUAUUCCAAUCUAAAAUAAUACGCCAAAAGUUGGAAAAUAACUUAGGUGAAGAUGAUUUGAGGAAAUUAUUGGCUGGUCACACCGAAAUAACGCAGGCUCUGAAACGACGUCAAGCAAUGGAAAGAGAUAUCAUUAAAGGGAAAAUAGACAUGAAAAAAAAAUUAAGAGAGGCAAAUCAGAACGAAAGAGAUGAAAAUAAAUUAAAUGAUGUUAUUAAUCAAUACUUGGAAAAGGACAGCGACGAUGCCGACCUAGAGAUUGAUCCAGAAUUGAAAAAGAAACUUGAAGAUGAAAUGGGAGCUGUCUUCUCUAAUAUUAAUACCAUAUCGAAAGAGGAUAUUCAAAAUCUUAUAUUAAAGACACUAAAAAGUAUGGAGGAUAGUUCAACUGACACAGGAGAUGCUACAGAAACUUUUAGUAGUGAUAGUGAUGGGGAAUCAAAUAUUGAAAACAUAGAAAAGGAAAACAUGAAUAAGUUUAUCAGACAAAUGGGUCAAGGAGAGCAAGAUGAGGAAGCAAUAAUUGCAUCAAUUAAAAAUCACUUACUCACAAAGGAAGAACUUAGAGAACGAUUGGCACUUGAAAGGAAUUCGCAUAAAGCCAAUAUAGAUAAAAUGCGUCGCGAUAGACGGAGUAACCAAGCAAACGCAGGUAGUGAAAAUGAAAAUAGUGAUGACGGUUCUGCCUUUGGCGAGGACUCUAAGCAAUUGUCGGAAUUAGAUAGAGACCUAGCAAGACGAAUAGCGUCUGGAGGUAAACUUAGUGAAGAAGAGCUGAGAAAACUGCUAGAAAACUACUCCAAACAGAGAUCAAGUAUUAUUGAUAUAAGAUAUCAAGAAAAAGAAAGAAAUAACAAAGUGUUACAACAAAAAAAGGCUGAGAGGGAGAAGAGAUCUAAGAAAAAACGAGAAAAUCUCGAUUUACUAAAAGAUAUUGAUUACUCCAAACUUGAUGUUGAAACUAUGUUCGAACUUGUUAAGAAUAAGCAGAAUUCUGGUGAGCUAACAAUGGAGGCUUUUCAAGAUUUAAUGUUUGCUUAUACAAAAAGAAUAAAUAAAGAAAAGAGGAAGAAGCAAAAAGUCGAUACGAGAGAUGUUUCAAUGGCUCAAGCCACUGAAACCAUAUUAAAAGAACACGAGGAACAAGCUAAACAUAUAAAAGAAAUACAUGAUAAGGAAGCCAGUAAGUUCAAGAAACAGUUGGAGGAGAGGAAGAAAGAAAGAAGACAGAAACUAAAUUAA